UCGCCUUUGCGAACUGGCUGCGUGCACUUUUGCUCCGUUCGAGCGAGCAGCCCGCGAACAAAGCUUUUCGGUUUCCUUGCAGUGACCUUCGUCUCACUCGCAAAUUUAUUUGCGAAAUAAGUUUGUUCCGCGGUCUAGGUCUCAGUUGAGGAUUUCUCAAGUAUUUCUGCUGCAGCUCGCAGCCACGCAGAGUGCGAGUAUACGAUCUGGACGUAGCGUGGGUGGACGGGCGUUAUAUUAUUCGACGUUUUGGAUCCACUCCAGAGGAUUCGCUUUAACGUUAAACUAUGACUCGGCGGUACACGCAUAGAGUCUAACGGGAUGUCCAAAAGGUUUUUCCCGUUCGGUUCGUGCGAAUUUGAUCAUUGAAAAUGUUCAUCCCCACUUUUAUCGGGCGUCAAGUCGACGCCGAGUAGGUGGAUUAUUGCGUCCGUCACCCCUACGGAGCUGUUUAUUUAAACUCCGUUGCGGAAUUGGCGUGAGCGCAGUAGUCGUCGAGUGUCGAGUAGAGAGUUGACCGGAAAAAACGGAAUCAAAAUCACUGGCUCGGUCUCGAUAUUCUGCAUAGAAGGAUCUAGCGUUCGAUCGAAAACCGCCUGAAAGAGUACUUGGAAUACAUUGCGGUACUCAAAAUUGCAACCGAUAGUAGCGAACACGGGAUUUAUUUUGCUGGGAUUGAAAAAAAUCGGUUUUUUUUUAUUUUUUUUAUCUAACUACCGGUGCAGUACGGGACUUUGAUCGCGAUCAGAGGCUGUCGACAUGAUUCUUUUAUACCACGUCGAGGAGGAGGUUUUUUACGUUAUUUGUCCACGGGACAGCGACAAGUACGUGAUCAUCUACAAGAUUUAGGGGAACCGGAUGGCGCGUCGCAGGAAGUCCGCGCGUUUUCGGGGCGUCGUUAAAGAUUGGUCUUCGGUACCCUCUACCCGGCCUACGCAUCUUACAAAGCUGUGCGAACGAAGAACGUCAAAGAAUAUGUAAAAUGGAUGAUGUAUUGGAUAGUGUUUGCCCUGUUUACGUGCGCAGAGACGUUCACAGACGUCUUCCUGAGCUUCUGGUUCCCCUUCUACUACGAGAUAAAGAUAAUCUUGGUGCUCUGGCUGCUGAGCCCGGCGACCAAAGGGUCGAGCAUUUUGUACCGCCGUUUUGUCCACCCCGCCUUGAGUCGUCGUGAGGCAGAAAUUGACGAGGCUCUCGCUCGUGCCACCGAGCAGGGAUACACCGCUGUACUUCACCUUGGAUCACGGGGUGUCAACUAUGCUACCACCGUUCUUAUGCAAACUGCGAUCAAGGGAGGCGGAGGGCUCGUUCAGCAGCUAAAAAAAAGCUACAGCCUGAGCGACCUCACGGGUGAAAAGGAGGAUGAGAAUCGAAAUACGCCUGAUACGCGGGACGAGAUAGAUAUGCAAGCAGAACCUCGUCGCAGAGAGAACCCUGGAAGAAGAGGAUACAGCCCGCGCCGGACUCAGUCAGGCAGCAACAGAGUCGACAUGUACUUUUCCGAGGUGGACGUUGACGUUAGACAACCAAGGCCUCGGGAACCUAUAGCUAGCUUAUCUAAUAUUAGGUCGUCGGACGAUAUUUCUAGCGGAUACAGCAGUGGCGAGGCGUUGCAUCCGAGUCGCGUUGGAUCUCAGGUCGAGCCCUUGGUCAGGACGUCGAGCGUCGGUGCUAGGACUCGCCCUAAGCCACGAUCAACCACCAGGAAAGUACCCGAGGACAGCGGUGAUGAGGCGAGCGACGUUGACCCUUCGUCUUAUCCUAGAACUCCCGUUAUUCCUCCUUAUUCCCAAUCAGGAUUUCUUUCCGCGGAACAGGCCUUGGACAUUCUGCUUGCAUUUGCACAGAACAGUCCAGCUCUCCGAGACGCAUUAAUUAUCGAUCACGAAUCCAUAAAAUCGCGAAUUGUUGACGAACGAAUAAUUCACGCACGUGAAUCGCCUUCGUAUCAGAGUCAAUUUUCCUCUACCAACGCGAAUUUUCAAACGAGAGAUGAGUCUUCCGAUAAAGAAUCCAGCUCUGAGUUUCUGGAUUCGGUUUCGGACGCUGAUAAUUUUCCGAGUAUUGAUGAUACGCCGGUAAAAAGUCAGAAUGUAAUUCAUGCAAAAUUAUCGACCCAUAGUCCUCCGCUGGACGAAUCGAAAUCGUUGGAGGGCUCAAAAAACUUGCUUGAUUUCGCAUUCUCAAAUGCGGCUGAAUUAUCUUCCCACAACUUUGCUUCUGCGCCAUCGACAUCGAUCGACGUUGGCAAAAUAACUAAUGAAAUUUGUCAGAGUAAAUUUGACGAACUGAAAGAGCUGAUAAGUAGCGCUCGAAAGGCGGUCUCUAACAUAAUAUCAUCUGAGGAUAUUAACGUUGGAAAAAAGAUUGAAUCGAAUAUGGAUAAACAUUUGUUAAGCCCCGCCAGCUAUGAACGGCGAUCGAUAUCGAGGAGUAACUCGGACAGCUGCUAUAGAGCGGGAAAGUACAACAAAAAACCUGCACCGAAAAUACCGGGUACCAAGAGUCAAGAUGACUUGGACUCUUCGGCGUCCCAGGGGGCCCUGAAGGCCACUUUAGUGAUAAAAACUGGCACCGUUAAAACCGUAACGAGUAUCGACGCCUCAAAAGACGUCUUCGUUUCAAGUUCAUCCCGUUCCCAGAAGUUUGGAAAGAACGGAAGGCGAUCCAAGGCCGCAGCGAAGACGAAGGAGGGGUUAUCGAAGCUCCUGACGAUACCGAAGACUAUCUUCAAUACCGCCUUUCACCACAAGGACCACCAUGGAAGAGAUUGCGACUCGAAUUAUUCCCCUUCCAGAACUCCGUCGAGAUCUCGAUCAGUUAGCUUAAGUUCCAGGGAGGAGGUCGGCGCUGAAGAUAUCAAGGGCAACUCCAAUUUGGAUUCGGACUUCGAGGAUGCACUGCUGAAGGUCGCUGCUCUUGACGAAAAAGCCGAGACUUACGUCGACCUUCGUUCUAAUAUUAUCGAUGAUUACGCGUCCGAUCAAGACUCGAAAAGUGAGGACCUAGACAAGACCGUAUACGAACGGGAGGAGUACGAGGAGAAAGUUCUUAGGGGCAGGGGAUUAUCUGGAAAGAGGGAAGGCGAUGAACCGACUAUUCCCAUUCGUCAAAUGUCCCGAUCACCCACAAGGAUCGCGAAGAAAUUCACGAAUAAUGGCCAGUGAUCGGUUUUUUGUUUUAUCAAAAAGUAAGAGAAUUGGGAGAAGAAAAUAACAUCGUAUAUAUCGUGGGUAGCAACGUGUUGGAUUUUUUGUCUUAUCAAGUCCUCCUUCGAUAUCCUUUCAUCCGUUAUCCUAUUUCUGUGCAUCGCCGCCUCCCUGGAGACAUCGAAGAUGGAAGAAACUUUAUAUCGAUCACAUAACGAGCUUCGCGACUCUUCCCCGCACCAAAAAGCCAAGCAAGAAAAAGGUGCAAUGAAACUUGCCAGCUGCUGACCGGAUCAAUGAGUUGGACUGAAUUUUAAAAUCGUGAAAAAAAAUAUCUUACGAUUCGGCAACCGCCUUAGCUUCAAAGCGAAAGAUGGUGCAUGCGUCAGUCAGCUGGGUCAGCAGCAGGAGCAGCAGAAUUACACGUUUUUACGUAACAGCGUAAUAACUAUCGCCGCUAUCACAGCUUCGUUUUGCUACCUUAUCUUUCACUACAAACGAAGACAUCGACAAACUCUUCGUUUUUAAGGGUCUCCGCGGACCAAACGGUGGCAAAAUUUUUAUCUUGCGUACUGUUUUUUUUUUUUGUAUGAAAACACACUAACUGAUUGACGACAAAUGGCGGUGAUGAGUAUGGAAGUAUGGAAGAUAAAAAUUUCACCGCUGUUUGGUGCGUUUGGGACCUAAUUCUAUUGUAACCCCAUCGACCAUGCCGGAUUUUUACACUAACUUCCGGUCACAUUUAACCACGCACAGAUGCAUUAUCGUGUGAAGAGGAUUGUUUCAAAUGUUUUUGUCACAAUAGUUGUUUCGUUUUUAUUUUUGUUGGUAGUCACAGUCUUGACAUUGGACUUCGGAAUUUGUUAACUUCGAUUAAUGUUACUUGUCUGUUGAACCUGCGUUGUAGUUUUAACUGAAGAAAUGUAAUCUUCCAUCAACUGAGAGUCUAACGGAUGAAGCGUAAGAUUUGAUUUUUUUGAACUUUGUCGUUAGUUGCUAAGAAUUAGUAAUAAUCUUCCCUGUUUUACUUAUGUGAAAUCGUAACAUACUUGAUUGCAUAAUUUCCGUACAUGACUUGAUAUACGCAUGAUAUUUAUAAAUAAAUAUAUCGAUAUUCUGUUCAUAUACAUAUAUAUUAUAUAUCAAUUGGUUGAAUAAUUGUACUUGCGAAGGUAACGAUCGAUUCCUAUUGUGAUAAAUUUAAGUACUUUACUGUAGGGUCACAAAUUUGAAGAUUUUGGUAAUAGCUGGAAUGGAAUACAUGUUAUUGAAUUCUAGUCAGACGAACGUCGAUCGACGUACUUUGAUAUGACCAGUUAGUUGAAACUACCUAAAUUGUGCCACGUAAAUUAUUAUUAUUGAACUAGUGCUGAUUAAUUGUUGUUGUUCACAGGGAACUGGCUAUCUCUGUUGUAUAAAUAUUUCUGAUAGUUAUGUAUCGGAACUGAUUCACGUGAUAUGAGAACAGUAAAUUUGGCCAGAGAUUUUCUCGUGUCCUUUCGAAAUGAAGGCAUAUCGAAUCUGUGGUACUGGGUGUCUGGAAAAGGAUAAUUUUUUCUAUUUCAUGAAUUUAAUAAGUUAUCCUAAGAGGUUUUACACAAACUUGUGAUGAUAAUUUUUAGUCCAAUUCUCGUAUGCAGAAAUAAAAGUUGUUCCAUUCUCUAAUUUCCGCAUACGACGUGUAAAUAAAAAUAAAUUCGUAAACCUAAUUUGAUAACGUAAAAUUUCUAAUUGCCGCGUUUGUGGGAAAUUAUAUUUCUACGUAUUUGAUGAACGUUGUAAGUUCAAUGUAGAGAGACUCGUUUCGAAUCUGAAUUUGUUAUAGACACUCUAGAUAAUAUUAUGCCUGAGUUCGCGCACAAUUGACGACGAUCAGCAUAAUAGUAGUUACGCUAAAUAUAGCUAUAAAUGAUUUAUUUAUUAACGUUGAAUAAACUUUGCUUCAAGUUCACUAACUAA